CUUCGUGUAAUGUCUUCAAAUAUCCUCCUCGUCUAUAUGCAGAAGGAAAAUCACCUUUGCAACAUAGAAGCAUGAACCACAAUUGUUAUCUGUCCAAGAUUGGUCAAAUCAGAGAAGGAUUAGGUAUUGAUGUGUGGGAUGAAUUGGAGAAGUCAUCACUAGGUGUGUUUAUCAAGCUAGCUGAACUAGAGUACACAUGGGCUGCCAAAAAAGUACAUCUAUUCCUCACAAAUCAGUUGAAAGUGGAUAACUUUCAUGAGAUAUGGUCUAUGAUUGAUGGUAGACCAGUCCGGUUCUCUUUAAAUGAGUUUGCUGCUAUAACAGGACUGAAUUACGAUCCAUUUGACCCGUCUGAAAAGUUUGAAGCUGAUCACCGUGAGCUAUGGGAGGCAAUGAAAGUACCAAUCUCAGAAGGUCCAAAGUUCAAUGAGUUGCGAACUGUGAUGGAUCUUAGCAAAGCAUGGGACUUAAAGGAGAGGAUGAUGGUGGGUAGGUUGUGUUUAUUAUCAGUGGCAAUACAUGGAGUGCACCAUGGAUCUAGAUUUCCUUUGUCUAGUGCUAUAAGAGUUCUUGAUCCAGUGAGUUUUGAGAAAUAUCCGUGGGGACGAGUGGCUUUUGAAUGUCUACUUAAAUCGGUUAAGACAGUUGACUUUAAUAAAGAGGGUUUUGUUAUUAAAGGAUGCGUUCACGCUUUGCUUAUGUGGGUGUAUGAGAGUUUCCCUGGAUUAGGAGAGGGUUAUGGGUUGAGAAGGCCUAUCUUGACUGGUAUUCCACUUCUUGAUUGGCAGUCAACUCGGAAGGAUAUCGACCUAACAGAAUUCAUUAAAAACGAGAAAACUUUGCAUGGGCAGGUGCGUGUAAGACACAUGAUUUCUGUAACUGAAGAAAACAUGUACCCUCAAUGGAGUAAUGCAGAGGAUGAUAAGGAUCCAGCACUAGACAACUUGAUAAAAGACACCAUCCAUAAUCGAUUGGCUUUAGAUGCUUGGAAAGGUGUGCCAGCUUUUGGUGUGUCUAAGAAGAAACGGAAAGUAAAAGCUACUGUUGAUGAAGAAGGUAGUAUCACACGGAAGGGGAAAAGAUCAAAAAGGCUGAAUUUUCUGGCGAAGAAAGAGUCAAAACUCUAA